AUUCGCAUCAGUCGCUUCUAAGUCGCGAAUAAGUAAAUUCGUUAUAAUCGAAAAAUGUGGCAGCUCUAAAAACUGCAUAAGGAAAGUUGGUUUUGUUAUUAUUUUACCAAAAUGGCAAAGUUUAUUCUACUUUCACUCGCUUGCCUUGCUAUAAGUACAUCUUAUUGCCUCGACUCUUGCAGCGAAACUGAAGAAUCACUGCGAAAGAAUUUAAAAGAUUUGAUAGAAGGUAAAUUGAUCUUUUCCGAUGACCAGAUAUCGCAUUACAAAGGUGCACUUUCGGACAUAACACCUGAAAACGAAAGCGAGUAUGACUUCAUUGUCAUUGGAGCCGGGAGUGCAGGUGCCACCAUUGCAUCGCGUCUUAGUGAAGUUGAAAAAGCUACGGUGCUCUUGAUCGAAGCUGGCAUUGAGGAAUAUCCUAUUAUGGAUAUCCCCGCGAUGCCGAUACCCUUGCAGUUCAGUGAUCAAAUCAAUUGGCAGUACGAGACGGAAAGUUCAGAUAGAUAUUGUCUUGGAAUGACGGAUCACAAGUGCAAAUGGCCUCGUGGAAAAGUGAUGGGAGGUAGCAGCGUUUUAAAUUUCAUGACGGCUACCAGAGGUAACCGAAAGGAUUACGAUAGAUGGGCCAAUUCAACGGCGGAUCAAUCUUGGUCAUACAAGGAAAUGCUGCAGUAUCUAAAGAAAUUGGAACAUUUUGAUGCAGAAGGCGCUGGUAUCGAUGAAAGCUUCCACAAUAGAAAUGGACCACUGCACAUCUCUACCUCGCUGUACUAUUCGAAUUUGGCGGAAGCUUUUAUCGACGGUCACAAAGAGUUGGGUAUUCCUCUUACCGAUUACAAUGGUCGAGAACAGGUGGGCGUAGCUUACAGUCAGAUAAACUUGAAGAACAGAGAAAGGUGGAGCGUAAACAGAGGCUACCUUUAUCCAGCAAAAGGGAGAAAAAAUUUGUUUCUAACAAGAAACAGUCACGUUAGUAAAAUUUUAAUAGACGAUGAUACAAAGUCAGCUUACGGUGUGCAGUUUACCAAAAACAAUAAGAUUGUCGAAGUGAGAUCGAAGAAAGAAGUUAUUCUGAGUGCAGGAGCGAUUGGAUCGCCGCAAAUUCUCAUGCUUUCUGGAAUCGGACCAGCAAAACAUCUACACGAUUUGGAUAUUCACGUCAUCAAAGACUCUCCGGUUGGUGAAAAUUUAAUGGACCACAUUGCCUAUGGUGGUUUAGUUUUCAAGGUUAACGAUUCAGAAACUUACACAAGAUCAGAUAUAUUUGAUUCUGAAAAUCCCGUCAUAAGAGAUUAUUUAAACGAGAGAAAAGGACCUCUGACUUUGGCACCGGCCGAAGUUCUUUCGUACCUCAGUGUUGACAGUGAAAGUCUUCUAAGCGAUUAUCCAGAUAUAGAACUAAUAUUUGGUUCUUCAUCGGGUAUUCUAGAUGCUCGGUUCUCUAAAGCUCUUGGUAUAUCCGAUAAAUAUCAAAGUCAAUUCCUCGCGCAUGAAUUCAAUCAAAGCACUUACAUGAUGUGGCCUAUCAUCCUAAGGCCAAAGAGUCGCGGACAGCUACUGCUGAGAAGCAAAAAUCCAAAUGAUAAGCCUAAACUGUACGCGAAUUAUUUGGAUGACCCAAAAGACGUAAGAGUGCUUAUUAAGGGGAUUCGCGCAGCUAUCCAAAUAAGCAAAACUAAAGCAUUCCAGAAGUACGGUUCGGAAUUGUUUGACAUACCUUUGCCAUGCAAUGAUUUCGAUUUUGAUUCGGAUGCCUAUUGGGAAUGCGCGCUCAGGACUUAUUCCAUUACGAUUUACCAUUACACUGGUACGUGCAAAAUGGGAAAAAGGAACGAUCCAACUGCAGUUGUGGAUUCCGAUCUCCGGGUUAUCGGAAUCAAAGGUUUGAGAGUAGCUGAUGGAUCAAUUAUGCCCGAAAUUGUGAGCGCCCACACGCACAUCCCGAUUGUGGCGAUUGGUGAAAAAAUUUCCGAUCAGAUUAAGAAGGACUGGAACUUUUCGCUGUAACGAUUAGUUGUAGCUAACGAAUAAAGUCGACAAUAACAACCAUGAAAA